AUGGCUCGCCACCAUCUACUCACCCAGCCACUCUGCCCCAACCCUUCAUACCCAACCUCCCCGCAUUCCUCACUCGGCGCUGCCAUGGGCUCGCAAGUGACUCUCUUCAUUGCGCCGGCCUCGCGGGCCGGCAUCGUGUGGUUCGCUGCACACUUCCUUAUCACGCUCAUUUCCACAACCCAGGUAGUAGCAUACAUCAUCCGCUUCCGGCAGGUGUUCCCGUUCCAGGAGAACUUCCCACUCUCGUACCUCACCUAUGCUUUGCUGGAGUGCUACCUCCUCAAAGUCGCUACUGCCAUCUACCAGCGGCGCUGGCACGCAGACUGUCUCAGCACGUUGAAGAAUGUAACCGCUCUCGCCAUCGGUUCCGUCGCGACGUUGGCUCUCGUGACAUUCCAUCCGAUCGUGUACUACGGGCCCAGGCCCGUUACGCGCGACUACAAUGGUACAUCCAUCACAUUCAACGAGUAUGACGUCCAUUACGUCUCCGUGUACCUCAACCGCGCGCUCUCUGCCCUUCUCGCGCUCACGGCCCUAUACACUUACACAUACGUUGUCACACGUCCUGGGUCCCCUGCCUGGGACAAGAGCAUGUACGCCCUCGCGUCCCCCGACGAGGACCAAGUCGAGGUGCGCCGCCGAGGCGUCCCCUCGCGCCUGAUCACAUUGGGGAUCCAGGCGAUGCACCUGGGCAUCUUCCUCAUCUCGUUGCGCUUUGCGUGGGCGUUCCUCCGCGAGGGCCCGAGACACGUCCCACAGGCCCUGCAUCAGCUGGUCACCGAGCCCGAUGCGCGUCGCGCUCUUGGCGAAUACACUGUCGAGUUCAUUGUUGGCAUGUUCACCGUCUCGUGUCUAUGGACAUUGUGCACCGUCGUCUUUGUGGGCAUCAGCGUCCUCGUCCUCGUAUACGCCCACGCCGUCAGCAGGCGGCGUUAUGACCACGCGCUCCUCAAGAACAAGGUGCACAUCCCCCUGGUCCUGCUAGGUAUUAUCCCGGCGUGGUUCAUUGGCGACUGGCCUUUUGACUGGAGGACCGGGCACACUCUCGACGACUCUGAUCGCUGGAACAAGAGCGUGUACAGCUUGUGUAUCGAAUCGCCCCUCCUUCCCACUGAGGAGAACGAGAAGGCCGGGCAGGAGUCAUAA